AUGGAAGCAGACCCGUUGUAUCACGUCAAGCAGCUGUUCUAUCAAGCUGCGAUUCAAGAAGCUGCUUCACAAUCACAUACACCUUCUGACGACGUAUCAUCAUUACAUCGAGCGCUAUACAUUGCACGAUCACAUCUAUCCUUGACACCCCCUUCGACAUCAUCAGCUCAAUCCAUCUUAUCUCCAUUCCUCUCGAGUGAUUCGGCACCAUUAUCAGCUAAAGCAGUUGACGCAUUCGCAUCGUACCUUGCCGAUGAGGAGAAAGAAGCUAAAGUAGAUGAAUUGAGAGAUUUGGUUCUGGAAGUAGAAGGUAAUGAAGAUGAAAUUGAAGAAUCAACAGUAAGAGUAAUAGCUUCAAGUGUUUUCAUAUUGCAAGGUGAAAACGAGGAAGCUGUAACUACAUUAAAUGAAGGUAGAGGAAAGGAGGAUCUGGAAUGCCUUGCUCUCCUUGUACAGCUUUUGCUCUCUCUUGAUAGACGCGAUCUGGCGCAAACAACUUACAACGUUGCCAAGAAAAUUGGGAAUGAUUCAAUAUUUGUUCAAGCUAUUGAGGCUUGGAUCGGUUUAAAGACUGGCUCACGACCCCUUCAUCAAUCUUAUUAUUUCUACGAAGAACUCUAUCAAUUACCUUCGGGAAGGACACCACCUGUAUUAGCAUCUCACGCAGCUGCUCAUCUAUUACUGGGACACGUGGAUGAGGCUAAAGCUGAUAUCGUCGAGGCUGCACAACGGGAUGGUGGUGAUAAAGAAGGGGAUGUUUUGGCUGUUGGAACGACUUUAGGUAUCGAAGGUUAUGCCGAACAACUCGCUAGUAACGCUCCUCAACAUCCAUUCGCAAUUGACUUGGCUGAAAAAUCAAGACUUUUCGAUGAAGCUGCUUCUAAAUUCGCUAUCACCGCCUAA